UCCUGUUCUCAAGAGGCUCAUUGUUUAAUGGGAAAAUGUCCUCUUUUGGUGGCCUAUUUAUAGUAAGGUACAAUAAAUUAAUCAUAUAGUUUUGUAUACCAAAACUUGUGGUCAUAGGAAACAAGCAAUUGUUUUCCAAGCAUGAAAACUAUCUUAUAAAAAUAGCCUACAUUUUAUUUGUUUAAAAAAAAAAAAAAACCUUUGAAUGUAAUAAGAAUAAGUCCACAAUAAAGCCCUAAUGUCUUCUUUCCUAUGUGAUAAUUGCCUUUUGAAGUACCUUUUAGGGAGCAGUAGUCUGAUAGGAAGUAUGUGAUUGCUGCUGCUGCUUCAUGUUGUCUAGAUCAAUCUGUGUGAGAGAAGAACUCUAAAAACACAGUGUAAACAAAAAUUACUUUAAUUUUUUACCUUUUAUUGAAAGGUGCUUUAUUUAGUGAUGAAUACAAGAAAGGAAGUGACUUUUUGUAAAGCACACCAAGCAUGUUGAAGAACCACAUUUGAAUUUAAAAUGCUUGGGCAGAAUUGGUCUUGUGUGCCAUUUGUUCUGGUUUACUUUGAAGUCUUGAACCCAAAGGGUCUGACCAGAAAGUAUCAAAGAGCAAAAUGUGAAACAUUAGCCAGGAAAAAUAAAGUGAUCAAACAGCUAAGGCAUGAAAGAAAAUAUUUACACCAGAAGAAGCUUGCCGUUGAUUCAAAAGACAAAUAUUGAGGAACAACAAAGUAAAAUGUUAACAUCUGUUUCAGAAUAUUGUAAAGAGUUAGAAAUUGGACAUUCAUUUCAGUUGGCCAGUAGCUUAAUACCUUGUUAAAACAUCAAACAGAUGAUGAAAGCCACUUUUGUUUACCUCACUAGUCAUACUUAAGGCAGAGUUCUGUUAAUUUUCUUUGAGUGUUGAAAUGCUAUGCUAAAGAAGAAACACUUGUUAAAAGAAGAGUGUCUAUAUUAAAACCAAUCCUAGGGUUUAUUAUUUUUAUUAAUUAGUUUAAUUAUUUCUUGAUUUGAAGGGAAAUUCAAAUUUUUGGAGCAAGGAUCACCUCUAUGCUUCUAGAGAUUACCAGUUGGAAGUUUUAGGUAUAAUGAUUUACCCAUAGCAUUGCUUGAUUUUUAACUACCCACAGCAUUAUUUUUGGGUAAGAUAUGCUGGAAAACAGGAUUAAAAAUAAACAGUUUGCCUUCUAGAUGUAUUAUGGUGAUUAUGAUUAGAAAUACAGUGUUGUAUUUGCAUCAUAUUUUCCAUUUUUAUAAAAACAUCUUUAGGUACUCACUAAUAUUUAUAACAGUUUGGUGAGGUAGACAUUAUUAUUCCUAUUUUCAGAUUAAGAAACCACAGUUCUAUGUAGAACUGAAACUGGAAUACAGGUAUUAUAAUAAUACCAAAGACAUACUUCAUCCACUAGGCUGCAAUUGUUUCCAGACAUGUCAUUUAGAAGAGCAAUAUGAUCACGUUAGGGUAAAAUAACAUAAUAGAAAUUUGUACAUGAGAGAAAUAUAUGAGCAAAUUAAAGGUGGAUAUUAGUAGCAUCAUCAUCAUCAUCAUCAUUGUAUUAAAAUGAAAAUUUAAAAACCUAAUUUACCCAUUUGAAUUUAAGGUAUAUUCUCUGAUUUAAUUGACUUAUAUUUUACAUGUCAGUUAAGUACUGGCCAUCAUAGUGUGAGGAGGUGGCUAUAGACUAACACAGGAAGAGAAAUGGAACUAAUAUUUGAGUGUCUACAUUGCAUAUAUUACAUAGAUGUUCCAUAUACUUAUACAUUUUUAUUGUCAUUAUUGCAGGGUGCCAUAAUAAUCUAAUAUCCUAGAAUUGAAAAGGCCGGAUAAUUGUGCUCAUGACUAAGUCUGAUGAUAAAUGAAGAAAGGGUAUGCACCUAUGCAAUAAGUAGGGCAGAAUUCUACUCAUUUUCAUUUCUAAAGCUGUUUGUGUUUCUUUAAAAAAAAUUUUUUUUUUUUUUUGAGAGAGAGAGAUGGAGGGGCUGGGGAGGGACAGAGAGAGGGAGACACAGAAUCUGAAGCAGGUUCCAAGCUCUGAGCUGUCAGCAGAGCCCAACAUGGGGCUUGAACUCACAGACCACAAGAUGAUGACCUGAGCUGAAGUCAGACACUUAACCGACUGAGCCACCCAGAAGACCCUGUUUUUGUUUCUUUUGUUUAUAGGCAGUAAGAUUUAAAUUUAGUACUUCUCAAUAUAUCUGAAACUUAUGUACUGUCUGCUUUUUAAAUCACCUGUAAAGGGGCAUCUGGGUGCUUCAGUCAGUUAGGUGUCCAACUCUUGAUUUUGGCUGAGGUCAUGAUCUCAUGGUUUGUGAGAUCAAGCUCCACCUCGGGCUCUGUACUGUCACUGCAGAGUCUGCUUGGGAUUCUCUCUCUUGCUUUCUCUCUGCCCCUCCCCUGUUCACACACACGCAUCCUCACUCCCACUCUCAAAAUAAACAAACUUUUAAAAAAUUGUCUGUAAGGUAGUCUUAAUGGACGUUUUUUAAAGGAAAUGUUAUUUUUUAGCACAAAUUAACUGAGCAUAUCUUACAUUUAAAAUGUGUUGGUAGUUGCAGAGGAUUUAUAAAAGUGAAUAUGAUACACAGAUGCCCUCAAAUUGUGGUUUUUUUGAAGGAGGGUAAAUUUUUGUUUACUAAGUAUUAUAAACAUAGAAAAAAACAAAACAUAAAAAUGGGUAGUAUUACAUAUUGUGUAUAGUCCAUUACAUACAUAUGAAACAAGUAAAAUAAGUAUCUUAUAGUCAUUAGAGAACCAUAAAGAUACAGAGAAAAUAUCAUGGGGAUUCACUAAGAGAAAAAAUAAUUUCCAUCUCAGCAAAUCAACUUAAGGUUUUAUGGAAUUAUUCAUAAAAUGAAUUCAUUAGAAAAUUAAAGUUAGAAGUUUGACACAUUUUAUAGAGUAUACUGUUUAUAAAAGCUUUGUCUGUUUUUAAAUGUUUUAUUUAUUUUUGUGAGAGAGAGAAAGCACAAGCGGGAGAGACAGAGAAUCUGAAGUGGGCUCUGUGCUGACCACAGAGAGCGGAUAUGGGGCUCAAACUCAGGAACACAUGAUCAUGACCUGAGCCAAAGUUGGAUGCUCAACCACUCAACCAACUGAGCCACCCUGGAGUUCUAAGACUUUGUCUUUUUUAUUAAAUAAAAUGGCUUACAUUUUUGAGUUUAGAAGACAGAAGGUAUCCAUCAUACUUGGCACCCGAGGUAAUUGCACAAGGAAUUGUCAAAAGCACUGAUCAUAUGCCAAGUGAAAAACCAUUGCCUUCUGGCCCCAAAUCAGAUGUGUGGUCUCUUGGAAUAAUUUUAUUUGAGCUUUCUGUGGGAAGAAAAUUAUUUCAAAGCUUGGAUAUUUCUGAAAGACUAAAAUUUUUGCUUACAUUAGAUUGCGUAGAUGACACUAUAAUAGUUCUGGCUGAAGAACAUGGUUGUCUGGACAUUAUAAAGGACCUUCCUGCAAAUGUGAUAGAUCUUUUGAAGAAGUGUCUCACCUUCCACCCUUCCAAGAGGCCAACUGCAGAUGAAUUAAUGCAGGACAAGGUAUUCAGUGAAGUGUCACCUUUAUAUACUCCCUUUACCAAACCUGCCAGUCUGUUUUCAUCUUCUCUAAGAUGUGCUGAUUUAACUCUGCCUGAGGAUAUCAGCCAGCUGUGUAAAGAUGUAAACAGUGAUUACCUGGCAGAAAGAUCUAUUGAAGAAGUAUAUUACCUUUGGUGUUUAGCUGGAGGUGACUUGGAGAAGGAGCUUGUCAACAAGGAAAUCAUUCGAUCCAAACCACCUAUCUGCACACUUCCCAAUUUUCUCUUUGAAGAUGGUGAAAGCUUUGGGCAAGGUCGAGACAGAAGCUCACUGUUGGAUGACACCACUGUGACGUUGUCAUUAUGCCAGCUAAGGAAUAGAUUAAAAGAUGUUGGUGGAGAAGCAUUUUACCCACUACUUGAAGAUGACCAGUCUAAUUUACCUCAUUCAAACAGCAAUAAUGAGUUGUCUGCAGCUGCCACUCUCCCUUUAAUCAUCAGAGAGAGGGACACAGAGUACCAACUAAACAGAAUCAUUCUCUUUGACAGGCUGCUAAAGGCUUAUCCAUAUAAAAAAAACCAAAUCUGGAAGGAAGCACGAGUUGACAUUCCUCCUCUUAUGAGAGGUUUAACAUGGGCUGCUCUUCUGGGAGUUGAGGGGGCUAUCCAUGCCAAAUAUGAUGCAAUUGAUAAAGACACUCCAAUUCCUACAGAUAGACAAAUUGAAGUGGAUAUUCCUCGUUGUCAUCAGUACGAUGAACUGCUGUCAUCACCAGAAGGUCAUGCAAAAUUUAGGCGUGUAUUAAAAGCCUGGGUCGUGUCUCAUCCUGAUCUUGUGUAUUGGCAAGGUCUUGAUUCGCUUUGUGCUCCAUUCCUAUAUUUAAAUUUUAAUAAUGAAGCCUUGGCUUAUGCAUGUAUGUCUGCUUUUAUUCCCAAAUACCUGUAUAACUUUUUCUUGAAAGACAACUCGCAUGUAAUACAAGAGUAUCUGACUGUGUUCUCUCAGAUGAUUGCUUUCCAUGAUCCAGAGCUGAGCAAUCAUCUCAAUGAGAUUGGAUUUAUUCCAGAUCUCUAUGCCAUCCCUUGGUUUCUCACCAUGUUUACCCAUGUAUUUCCACUGCACAAAAUUUUCCACCUCUGGGAUACCUUACUCCUUGGGAACUCCUCUUUCCCAUUCUGUAUUGGAGUAGCAAUCCUCCAGCAGCUUCGGGACCGGCUUUUGGCUAAUGGCUUUAAUGAGUGCAUUCUUCUCUUCUCUGAUUUACCAGAAAUUGACAUUGAACGCUGUGUGCGAGAAUCAAUCAACCUCUUUUGUUGGACUCCUAAAAGUGCUACUUACAGACAGCAUGCUCAACCUCCAAAGCCAACUUCUGAUAGCAGUGGAGUCAGAAGUUCAACACCUUUUUUCUCCACUGAGUGUCCAGAUCCUCCGAAAACAGAUUUGUCAAGAGAAUCCAUCCCAUUAAAUGACCUAAAGUCAGAAGUAUCACCCAGGAUUUCAGCAGAGGACCUGAUUGACUUGUGUGAACUCACAGUGACAGGCCAUUUCAAAACACCCACGAAGAAGACAAAGUCCAGUAAACCAAAGCUCCUGGUAGUUGACAUCCGGAACAGUGAAGAUUUUAUUCGGGGUCAUAUUUCAGGCAGCAUCAACAUUCCAUUCAGUGCUGCGUUCACUGCAGAUGGAGAGCUUACCCAGGGCCCUUUCACUUCUGUGCUCCAGAGCUUCAAAGGGAAGGUCAUUGUCAUUGUGGGGCAGGUGGCAAAGCACACAGCAGAGUUCGCAGCUCACCUUGUGAAGAUGAAAUAUCCAAGAAUAUGUAUUCUCGAUGGCGGCAUUAAUAAGAUCAAGCCAACAGGCCUCCUCACCGUCCCAUCUCCUCAAAUAUGAAGAACCAAGAAAGAGUGUGAUAGUCAAAAGGACAGAGUGGUAUCAGCCCCCAACAGCACAACUCUUCACAGCCUUACCUCUCUUCGACAGAACUAGACUUCCAGAUUGUUGCAUUUCCAUAAAGUUUUGUCAUGAAACAUUUUUUUAAAUCUCAUAACCCACAUGCUCAGCUAUCCAGGCAAUAAACUUGACUGUACAUGUA